GUUCGCCACACACCACAACAUUUUCUUCUAAUCUUUGCUUGAUCAUUCAACUUUCUUUGUUCUAUUCCAAAAGCUGAUCAUGGGCAUUGUGACUAACGACACUGAGAUUGCAAGCGCAAUCCCUGCUGCCAAGUUGUUCAAGAUCUUUUUCCUGGAUUCCUCCAACAAUUUCCCCAAGUUUCUGCCUCAGGUCUUUAAGAGUAUUGAGAUUCUUGAAGGUGAUGGAGGCCCUGGAAGCAUUACCAAGACUACUUUUGCUGAAGGAACCGAGUUGAAGUACAUCAAGCACAAGGUUGAUGCGGUAGAUAAAGACAACUUGAUUUACAACUACACUGCUGUUGAAGGUGAUCCAUGGUUGGAAGGACUAGACAAAAUUUCUUAUGAGACAAAGAUAGUGGCUUCUCCUGAUGGGGGAUCUAUCAGCAAGUGCACCACCAAGUACUUCCCCAAGGGUGACAGUCAGCUCAAUGAAGACAAAAUCAAGGAAGGCCAACAGAAAGCCCUGGAACUCUUCAAGGCUGUUGAAGCCAUUAUCUUGGCAAAUCCUGAUGCCUAUUAACUAAGUUCUCAAGGUGCUAAUUAAGACAGUUCCUCUUGUUUCCUGCCAUUUGGUACAACUAAAUAACUGGCCAUCAAAGUUUGUUUGU